AUGUCAAAUGACAGUCAAGCUGCGCAUUUAUCGUCGAACCUAACGGCAAAAUCUGCGGCAGCUUUUGAGAGAGUUUCUCGGGUUGGUCCUUGGAGCGAACUUUUCGAGGACUGGAUUAUUUCCGCCGAUACGAAUAUCCAUGCCAGGACGUCCAAAGUCAUGAAGUUUGGUGAUAAGGCAAUAAUCAUUUCUGGGAAAGGAACGACGUCCAACAAACGAGACGUAUCAGAAACCGAUUUGUAUCUGCUUGGCGCAAUCGAGAAACUGGUAUACAGAGUCGAUUUUUUGGAAAAAAGAUUGAGACGAGCUGAGGAGUUAUUGUAUUACGUCAUAUCCGGAAAUAAAGAAGCCAAAGACGCUUGUCCCACGAAUUACACGAGAGUCGGUCAAAAUUGUUAUCACUUCAGUAAUCGUGAAUUCGACUGGAAAUCGUCAGCCAGUCUUUGUCGUGGGAUGGGUGGAAAUUUAGUCGAACUGGAAACCGUCGAGGAGAAUCAGGACGUGGUGGCUCAUUUGCAGACUGACAAGAAGAUACGAGGGAGGAAUUUCUGGACGGGAGGAUUAAAUCCAGGGUUAUUAUGGAUCUGGGCAGGAAGUGCCAGACCCGUUCACCAGGACACCAAGCAAAUCGUAAACGGAGAUGGAAGAUGUUUGAAACUAGAAUACAAUCCAGCCUCGAGAAUUUAUUCGUACAAGGGUGAAGACUGUGGCUCGAGGCAACGAUACAUUUGCGAAUUGAGCAAGGACGACGAGUCUGCGAAUAAAAUAGCAAGAACUGCCAGAGAAUUAUUUGACGGAACGGAUUAA